AUGAAGAAACUUGCCCGCACGCUCUCUUCUCGUGGCAGCGGCAGCAAGGCCUACCCGCGUCCAUCCUCGAGCAGCGGCAAUGGCAACACUCGCCCAGACCAGGCCCAUGUUCGCAAGUCCUCCCUGACGAGUCCGAUCCCUCCCUACACGCAGCUCCAUUUCCCUGGAUGUUCACACACCACGCCCCCGACUCCUCGACCCGCACGUUUGCCGACUGUGCUGAGGACGGAAGUCAUCGAAACCGCCAGAACGCCAGAAGAGGCUGCAAGAUCGGACGACACGGACAGGAACAUCCAAGUCCGCCAGUUCCUGACUUCACCCGGGAAGUGUCUCGACUGCACGCUGGUGCAGGCCGCGCAACAAGAGUCCUGGAUCCGCGAGCGAUGCGACGCCGUCGUGCGGGAAGUGAGACUGCGACUCGUGGAGCUGAAGUCCGGUCUCGCAGCCGCGAGAGCUGCGGGUGACGGUGCCGAAAGCGUGGAAAUGGAGCUCGAGGCAGAGAUCUCGGGCCACGAGGCGCGGGUCGCAGAGCUUCUGCGCCAGCGAGACGGCGACCUGAAGAGGUUGUGGGACGACGUCCGCAGGGACUGGGAGGGCGGUGUCCGAGAAAUUGUCCGCGACGACGGCACGGGCGAGGCGGAGGAACGGUGCGUGUUUGUCGUGCCCUGGGAAGAGGAUAAUUGUGUUACGGAGAAGGACGCGGAUGGAACACGACAAGGAGAAUCUAGGGCGACGGUGAGAGUGCUGUGGCUCCCUCUCGAAGGGGAGUGA